AUGUGGACCUCUGAUUCCUCCAUUUUACCGACGAAAGCACCCUCUACAACGGAUUCCUGGCGAAGUCGCUCCCACAACCUUCUAACGAAGCGAUAUGCACGCGUGCUCAUAGCAGGGGUCGUUUCUGUGUCCAUACUUCUCUUCAUUUUUCGGGUAGAGAGACCAGAGAAAUCGAACUCAUACUUUCCCUUACCACUGCCUUUUGAGUCGGACCUACCGCCUCUAUACGAACAGUAUCACGAAUACGAACGACGGUUACCGCAGCACGACGCAUCAUUACCGCCGCCGGAGGGGAAACAUGCCAAAUAUCUGUUUUUUGGGAACCACGCGCAUGCUUCAGGAUGGGGAAAUAUAAUGCAGGAGCUGCUAAUGAACGCGCUUCUCGCAUAUUCGACGAAAAGAGCCUUUGUGUUCGAUAACUAUACCUGGUCGCGAGAGCCUUCGGACUACGCAGACUUCAAUGGGAAUAUCAUUCCAUCCCGGAUACCACUGUCGGCUAUAAUAUCAGGCCCUAUAAUAGGCGCUCCAUUUGGCUCCGAAAGUGAUGUGCCGCGCGCAGUAUCACUAGAAUUCUUUCGAGAGCAAUGUCCCGAACCUCUCGUGCUAACGACAAACGCCGUCAAGGACAGGUUAGGGAACGUAGAAGCGUCAGAGAUCCUAGAGACAUGGGUAAAGGAGAUUAACGCCAUACCAGAUCGAUGCAUCGAGUUUGAGAGAGACACACCGCACGUUUUCGACGUCUGGCUAUUCUCAGACACGCUUCUACUCUCUAUAUUCCCAUACAUAAAAGACACCCCGAUCAUUACGGACUUUGGGUGGUCUCCACUCAUCUUAUCCGCAUAUGACACGAAUCGCGAGUUCUUUGAAGGCCAGACUUCAACUUCCUGGCUUGGGUUUAACUUUCCAUCCCUUGUGUCUCCAAUGCCUCCCGCUACCGAACAGACGCCCCCUUACCCACCUUUACCGGGUCUCAUCGCCCUUCAUAUCCGCCGCGGUGACUUUAAGGAACACUGUACCAACCUUGCCGGCUGGAACACACACUACAACGGACUAAACUCCUUCCCCGAGCUUCCAGACAAAUUCGAACCACCAUACGACGCACCAGAAGAGGAGAAAAUAUCUAUAUACCUUGGACACUGUUUUCCCACCAUUGAGCAGAUCGUCGAGAAAGUCAAACAUGAGCGACAGGGGAGACAUCUCAAUCGGGUAUAUAUCAUGUCGAAUGGGGAACGCGGCUGGCUGAAAGAGCUCAAGGCGGCCUUGAGACAGAUAGGCGAAUGGGAUGGCAUCACGACGAGCAGAGAUCUGACGUAUACCCGGGAGCAGAAGUACGUUGCUCAAUCGCUUGACAUGUAUAUUGGACAGCGGGCGGAAGUCUUCGUAGGUAAUGGGUUCUCGAGUCUAACAUCCAACGUGGUGACACUUCGUAUGGCAAACAACGUAGAUCCUCAAAAUACACGCUUCUGGUGA